AAAUAUUUGGAAUACUGUCCUCUAGAUCGAUCCUUCUCCAUAUCUACCCCAUACUCUCUCAAGGAUUAACUAACUUAAGCUACUGAUGCUGACAAAUAUUAUCACAUGCAAAUCUCAAAAUUAUACAACAAUGAUAAUAACAUCAACCAGCAGCAAGUUGAUACAGCAGACCAAAUCAAAGAAUCAGUCACGUUCCCUAUCAAUCUCCAGUCUUAGACAAACACCAUGACAAUAAAAACCACCUACCUGAUCCUCUACAACACCCUCUCAUCCACCCUCUGGCUCCGAAUCCUCCUCGGCGCCAUCGCUGCACUCCUCUCCCCAACCGACCCAUUCCCAAAAAUUGUAUACACUCACCUCGAACCCCAAACAAGAUGGACCCAAACUCUCGCCAUCGUAGAAAUCCUCCACGCCGCAACAGGACUAACCCGCGCCACCGUCCUCCCAACUUUCACCCAGAUCUUCACGCGCUGCGUCCAAGUCUGGGCCGUGAACUACCAGUAUCCCGAGCCGACGGCUUCAUCGACUGUCUACCCGGCUCUCCUGCUGGCGUGGUCCGCGGCGGAUGCGGUCCGGUAUGCGUAUUUCGGCUUGCUUCUGGCGGGGAUCAGGGUGGAUGGUGUUAAGUGGUUGAGAUACUCCCUCUUCAUUGUUCUGUACCCCGUUGGGAUUGGGAGUGAGUGGUGGUUGAUGUACAAGGCUGCCAAUGCUACAGUCAAUCCCAUAGGGGCGGGGGUUUUCUACUUCUGCCUUGCGCUAUAUGUUCCUGGCGCUUUCAUGAUGUACACGUACAUGCUUAAGCAGAGGCGCAAGGCUUUAGAGCGUGAGUAGUGGCGUCCAGCUCGGGUUACUGAUCAAGAAAGCACAGAU